AUGAGCUUACUAGAUCAGCCCUGGGACGACACCGUUGCUGGUCCUCGUCCGGAAAACGGCCUCGGAAAGCUCCGUAAACAACACACCUUCACUGUGCGACCGAGCAAAGACUCGGAGGGUGGAGGUGCGGAGGAGGGUAUGAGGGUAACGAGGAGCAUCAUGAUACUGAAACCACCGCCGGCUCAGAACGGUUCGCCUCCGGUUUCGCCUGCUGGAUCUACGCCAUCUCCAUCCUCGACUCGCUCUCCAUCGUUCCUUCAUUCAAAUGCCACUUCACAUAAAUGGGCUUCUGGUGCCAUAGCAGAGUUGCUUGAUAAUGCUGUUGAUGAGAAAUUACAUUCAAAUUGA